AUGGCAGAAGGUGUAAGGAGGACCACAGUGAUGGGAAGAAGGCUGAGGUUGUUAGCAGUGGCUGUCUUACUGGGAUGCUUGAGAGACCAGGUUGGGGUCAACGGCCAGAACAAUGAGAGAAGGGUCUUGGCACAUAUUCCUGGUGAUAUCAUCAUAGGAGCUCUGUUCUCUGUCCACCACCAACCACCUGCAGACAAGGUGCAUGAGCGAAAGUGUGGUGCAGUGCGGGAGCAGUACGGGAUCCAGAGGGUGGAGGCCAUGAUGCACACUCUGGAUCGGAUUAACGCAGACCCCACCAUCCUUCCUAACAUCACCCUGGGCUGCGAGAUCAGGGACUCGUGCUGGCACUCUGCAGUGGCACUGGAACAAAGUAUUGAGUUCAUUCGGGACACGCUGGUGUCCAACGAAGAGGAGGAGAGCCAGGGCAGAUGUAAUGCAGAAGGAGGAAGCUUGCUUCUUCAGGGGAAGAAGCCCAUAGUGGGACUGAUCGGACCGGGAUCCAGCUCUGUGGCCAUCCAGGUGCAAAAUCUCCUCCAGCUCUUCAACAUCCCGCAGAUUGCAUACUCAGCCACCAGCAUGGACCUCAGUGACAAGAGCCUGUAUAAAUAUUUCAUGAGAGUGGUACCAUCAGAUAUGCAACAGGCCAGAGCCAUGGUGGACAUUGUCAAGAGAUACAACUGGAGCUACGUGUCCGCAAUACACACAGAGGGUAAUUAUGGCGAGAGCGGUAUGGAGGCAUUUAAAGACAUGGCGGCAAAGGAGGGGAUCUGCAUCGCCCACUCUGAUAAGAUAUACAGCAACGCGGGUGAGCAGAACUUUGACAAGCUGCUGCAGAAACUACGAGGCCAUCUGCCCAAAGCCAGAGUGGUGGCUUGCUUCUGUGAGGGCAUGACAGUCCGAGGCAUACUGAUGGCCAUGAGACGGCAGGGCCUGGUGGGAGAGUUCGUGCUCGUGGGAAGUGACGGCUGGGCUGACAGGUACGAUGUGACUAACGGCUACCAGAAGGAAGCAGCAGGUGGCAUCACUAUAAAGCUGAAGUCAGCGUACGUGACCUGGUUCGAUGAUUAUUACCUGAACCUGAAGCCUGAUGCCAACCUGAGAAACCCCUGGUUCCCCGAGUUCUGGCAGCACCGCUUCCAGUGUCGGUUGAGGGGACAUCCGCAGGAGAGCGCCACAUACAACCGCACUUGCACCUGGAGAGAGUCUCUGCGCCACCAAUACGCCCAAGACACCAAGAUGGGAUUCGUCAUAAAUGCCAUUUACUCCAUGGCUUAUGGCCUUCAUGCCAUGCAGGAAUCCCUUUGUCCAGGAUAUAAGGGUUUGUGUGAAUCCAUGCGGCCCAUCGAUGGCCGCCAGCUGCUGGAAUUCCUGAUGAGAACCAACUUUACCGGUGUAUCGGGGGAAGUCAUCCACUUUGACCAGAAUGGAGACUCACCUGGCAGGUAUGAAAUCAUGAACUUCAAGCACAUAGGCGAGGAUGAAUAUUCUUACAUCCAUGUGGGAAGCUGGGAUCAAACUGGCCUGAAGAUGAACGAUGAGGAAAUCUGGAGUAACGACAGUGAAAUCAUCCAAUCAGUCUGUUCUGAGCCCUGCAAGAAGGCACAAAUCAAGGUGAUCCGUAAAGGAGAGGUGAGCUGCUGCUGGACCUGCACUCCCUGCAAGGAGAAUGAGUUCGUGUUUGACGAGUACACUUGUCAGGCUUGCACCCUGGGCUCCUGGCCAACGGAUGACCUCACUGGUUGUGAGCCAAUCCCAGUGCAGUAUGUGCGUUGGGGGGAUCCAGAGCCAAUCGCUGCAGUCGUCUUCUCCUGUCUGGGCCUCAUGGCGACUCUUUUUGUUACUUCUGUCUUUAUCAAAUUUUGGGACACUCCUGUGGUCAAAUCAUCCAGUCGUGAGCUCUGCUACAUCAUCCUGGCUGGAAUCUGUUUGGGCUAUUUGUGCACUUUCAGCCUCAUCGCCAAGCCACACAUUGUCUACUGCUACCUCCAGCGGCUGGGAAUCGGCCUGUCCCCUGCCAUGAGCUACUCUGCUCUCGUCACUAAGACCAACCGUAUAGCACGGAUCCUGGCAGGCAGCAAGAAGAAGAUCUGCACCAAGAAGCCGCGCUUUAUGUCCGCCUGCGCACAAUUGGUCAUCGCCUUCCUACUCAUACUGCUGCAGCUGGGAAUUAUUGUGGCACUUCUUAUCAUAGAGCCACCACAGGUGAUCUAUGAUUACCCAAGUAUCCGGGAGGUACACUUGAUCUGCAAUCUGACCACUCUGGGGGUGGUGGCGCCACUGGGCUACAAUGGCCUGCUUAUCCUCAGCUGCACCUUCUACGCCUUCAAGACUCGCAAUGUUCCUGCAAAUUUUAAUGAGGCCAAAUAUAUUGCCUUUACCAUGUACACCACCUGUAUCAUCUGGCUGGCCUUUGUUCCUAUUUACUUUGGGUCCAACUACAAAAUCAUAACCAUGUGCUUUAGUGUCAGCCUCAGUGCCACAGUGGCCCUCUGCUGCAUGUUUGUCCCCAAGGUGUACAUCAUGCUCGCAAAGCCUGAGAAAAAUGUCCGCAGUGCUUUCACCACAUCCACAGUUGUACGCAUGCACGUCGGCGACGCUAAGAAAGCUGCCAAGUCUGGCAAAUCCUCAAGCAGCAUGGCCAACUUGUUUCGACGGCGAGGCUCUGCGCAGGACAACAUAAGUUCCAAUGGGAAAUCCGUGACGUGGACACAGAACGAGCGCAGCUACAGACCAAACCUGUGGAAGAGGAUGUCAUUCCACGUCAAGAAGAAGGACCCAGUCGAGGUGAAUCAGACAGCCAUCAUCAAGCCCUUCUCUAAAGGAGGAGAUCCGCCAGCAGACAACGGUGCCAAAGAGCAAUUUGAAGAGCCACAAGUUUCUCCGUCUUUCACCUGCUCGCCCUCUCAGUCACCUGAGCCCACCAUCAGCCAGCAUGCAGCAAAGGCAAGGAGCCUCCAGGGAGGAGAGGACGGCGAGGAUGCACAGGUUCUACCCACCUACGUACCUGAGGCCCCUGCUGGGGUCAGAAGGAGAGGCGGGGACACCAACCAAGGCGUUGGCAUAAUGGACGGCGGCGACAUCAGCAUCAUAGGGGUGGGAGACAUCGGCAUAGGGAUGAUUGGCGUUCAGACUCAGGGCACCACUAUCAUGGACCAAAUUAGCUGUGUGGUUAACCGCUUCACCGCCAACAUCAGUGAGCUGAACACCAUGAUGCUGCCAGGGGGAGCCACUGUCAGCACCUCCACCACCGCCCUGCCUGCUGCUGCUGCUGCUGCUGCUGCUGCUGCUGAUAACACCCCCUGUCCACCUCAGUACCUCACAUCCAGAAGCAGACAGGCCCCCUCCACUGUCACCACGUACGCCGAGGUGACAGCCGUCUCCAAUUUCUGCGAGAAUCGACCGGCGGGUAAGAUUUAUGAGCACCUGGCCGGGACAUGCGUGAGCGGCAGACGAGCCAAGGAUAUGGAGGAGCUGAUGGCUCUGACGCCUCCCUCCCCAUUUAGGGACUCGUCUCUGAGCUCCAAUGGCAGCUCGCCCCCCACCCUGUCCCCGGGCUCGGAGGCUGAAUACGACCAGCUGCUGCUGAGACACUACAGCCAGAGCUCCUCCUCCCUUUAA